AUGACAGACGCAAUCCCUUACGCAUCUUUCGAGGACGAGACGAAGAAGAAACGCAAGAGAAAGAGAGGAAAGACACCAUCGGAAUCGACUGGUGCAAAAGAAUCUGAGCUUCAAAACCCUAAGGAGGUUAUAGAUCUUGCUAGCUUGUCAUUGAGAGAACCUAUCUUUAUUGAUGUGGAUGAUGGGAGAACUAAGGCCAUCAAUGCAGGGCUGCAACAUGGCUAUUGUAUUGUGCCUAGUGAAAAGAGAUUCAUUCUCCUGUAUUCUUUUCUGAUGAAGAAUCAGUCGAAGAAAGUGGUGGUCUUCUACUCUUCUUGUAAGUCAGUCAAAUUCUACUCUGACCUUCUUAGAUGCGUUAAUGUGGAUUGCUUUGAUAUCCAUGGAGGGCAAAAGCAGCAGCAGAGGACAACUACUUUCCUUGACUUCUGCACAGCAGAGAAAGGAAUCUUACUUUGCACUGAUGUUGCUGCGCGUGGGUUGGAUAUUCCUGCUGUGGACGUGAUUGUGCAGUUUGAUCCUCCAGAUGAUCCCAAGGAAUAUAUCCACAGGGUCGGUCGAACAGCUCGAGGGGAAGGUGGAAAAGGAAAGGCAUUUAUUUUCCUCAUUCCCGAAGAGAUGCAAUUUAUUCACUAUUUGACGGCAGAAAAAGUCCCCGUUGCAGAACAACAAAUUAGGAAGAAUAGGCUGAAAAAUGUGCAGUCUAAACUGGAGAAGAUGGUUGAGGGCAACUACUAUCUGCACCAAUCAGCAAGAGAGGCAUAUAAAUCUUAUCUAUUAGCAUAUAAUUCACACUCUAUGAAGGACAUCUUUAACGUUCACCGUCUCGAUCUACGGGCGGUCGCAGCUUCAUUUUGCUUUUGUAGUCCCCACAAGGUGAAUUUGAACUUAAGCAGCAGUGCAUCAAAGCUCCGGAAGAAGAUGCGCAUGGGAGGAAGUUGA